GUUAGAUGUGUUGGAUUUCAUUACGCCAACAAGAGAUUCCGGUUGAAUGUCGUUUUCCCUGACAACUCUUUGAGCACAGAACAUCCUGCUGCUCGAUAAACUCUAGUCGACGCAGAGAAACAGCCGAAAAGAGCAAACAUGUCGUUGAGAACAAACUUGAAAAGAUACGGAUGAUAUCGUCUCAUCCGGCCCAGCGUGUUUAAUGCUUGUGGCUGCUCGCGCAAGCACACGUCUGCAUUUUGAUGCAACCAACCUUUUCGACUCGUAGUUUCUGCGCGACUGUGCUCAGAUCGGGGCACUUUUGUCUCCACUCUGUACUUCUUUCCGAAAACGCAGAAAUCUUCGUCUCUGUUGUUUCGUUGCCGCUGGCGCGUUUCCUACAGCGGUCUCGUUGUCACUCGCUGUACGCGUUUUUUGUCGGGGUGUGGCUGGCCGUUUUUCCAGCCAGUUCGCCUGCAUUCCAGUCAGACCGCUGAACGGUAGGGAAAAGGCUUCCGAAGGCCUUCAUUAUUUCCACCAGAAAGACAGGUGCUGCUUUUCAUUCAGCUACCCAAAGAUGGAGCGUUGCAAACCAAAGGGUGGGUACGAGAAUCCGGCUAUUGGCCUUUGGGCUGUCGGGUGCACCAUGCAGCUUGUCUCGGCUCUGCUUCUUCUCAUGCUGGCAUCUGCUCUGAAGGAGGUAAAGGACUUGGCUGGCAACCCAGCGAAACCGGAGGUCCGGCUUCUUGAGGUUUCUGCGUUUGUUGGUCUUGGAGUGUCACAGGUAGUCGUGUCGCUUCUCGUGGCCGCAGUCGUACUCCUGGGGUACUUUGUCUCAGACUGGUUUCUAGUCCUCUCUGCGUUCGUGGGCUUUCUCGUCGAAGUUGUGGCACUCGCAUGCUCUGUUAUCUGCGGCAUCAUUUUGACAGGUGUGGCCACCAAGCAAGCAGAAGCUAUUGACUACGUGCGCACCGCGGGAGCCGUUGCUCCGGUUCCGGUUCUUGACUACUCUGCUGAAUUCGGGGCGACCUACCAAGGAAUGAUUGUCGCCUUCGGUGUUUUAAGUGUCGCGUCUCUCGUUCCGUUGGCGCGAGCUCAGGCGAUGGCCCCUAACACGCGCGCCAUGGAGGCGAUGGUUUUCGUGUUUUGCAUAACGCUCUGUUUGGUGGUCGCUGCCGUAUUUCUUCUUCAGAGCGAGGCGCUCGCGUCCGACAGAGCUCUCGGAAUUCUCUGGGUCGCUGCUGCGGUUGUUGCCUUGGCAUUCGUGUCGCUGCAAAAGGCAUUCUUACCCCGGAUCAUGUCGAUUGUCCUAGCAGUCGUAUUUGUGCUCAUCGCCAUCUAUGCAGUCGUAUCCACGUUCGUGUGCGCAAACGAGUUUCUCAAGCAGAAGAAACUUUACGCCACAGCGUCGAGGGUCCUGCAGUCUCAGAUGGCCGCAUGGAUUCAGAGUUUGUCGGACGAUGACUACGGAACUCUUCUCCGAGGGUACAGAACUUCCGACGGUGUGUACUUCCUCAUCGCGGCUUCCAUCAGUGGCGCCGUCUUUAUCUUCGUGGUCGCAGGGGCUUUGGCCGCGUUCCGCAGUGUCUGUGGACCCUCGAGGGCGGAAAAGCUCAUGUCUAGGGAAAGUGCCGAAGAAGCGAUUGAGGCCCGGGAAGCGCACGUCCGCGAAGAGCAGGUUCAGGAUCCGUAACCGAGAUCUAUCUUGUCCGUUAAACGCACCCGAGUCGAGCUUUUUAGCUGCUUAUUUGUGCGAGUUAGGGAUUUUCUCAAAAGGACUUGCGACUGGUCACGCCUCCAAACACCGCGUGGGUUGCUUCGGCUGGGGGCUACAGCGCCUGGCGUUUUUGCAUCUUCGUCUAUUUUGGGUGUUUAUGCUUGCGCAUGGAAGCCAAUUCUUUGUAGACCACCGUUUUCCUGCGACCUGCAGACAAUUUAAGGAUGACAAUCCGAGUAAUCCUUGUCGCUGUGAUGAAUUUUUUGAGACACUCACGUCAGAUGCCUCGACCGCAGGUUUGCCCCACUUUGUCAAACACUUCGUAACAGGCGGGUUUAGCAAUGAGGUAUCCUCAGAGAUAUUCAAGGGUGAAAAAUGCUUGGUGUCGGAUAUCAGCCUGGAACAUAGAUACAGCUCAUGCUACACUCAUACGGAGAACAGGGGAUAGAGAUACAACCCAGACUGAACACAGGUAGCGUUUGAGAUUUUAGACCGAAGCCAGAUGAAAACAGCAAACCACAAGCCUCCGUUGUCAAAUCCCUCCCCAUAAGUUUUGACAGACACAGCGCCCUGUUUCUGACAGCUGAAGUGACCCAAACUAACGAUAAUUUGCAUU